GCUAGAGGAGACGAGAGAGCAGGAAGGGAUUUGCCCACCCACCGGAGAAGCAGCAGAGAGCCUCUGACCAGCAUCCUCUAUAAAGGUUAAGAAAGCUUAUUCAUGCCACCAUCUGGACACACUCUGAACCCCCUCCCCACAAUGCUGUAUGUGCAGAAUGACUAUUAGGCAAUCCACCUAUCAGGAGAAGGGACAUUCUUCUGUAAGGCUGAUCCCUGUGACCUAAUGAAUCCUUUGUAAAAAGUGGACUCAGCUAGGAUGUUACACCACCAUUGUCGAAGGAACCCUGAACUCCAGGAAGAAUUGCAGAUUCAGGCUGCAGUGGCUGCCGGGGAUGUUCACACAGUGCGAAAGAUGUUAGAACAAGGCUAUUCUCCAAAUGGCCGGGAUGCUAAUGGCUGGACCCUGCUUCAUUUUUCUGCAGCAAGAGGAAAGGAAAGAUGUGUUCGAGUAUUUCUAGAACAUGGAGCUGAUCCCACGGUUAAAGACUUAAUCGGAGGCUUCACUGCUCUUCAUUACGCGGCCAUGCAUGGUCGGGCCCGGAUCGCACGCUUGAUGUUAGAAUCUGAAUACAGGAGUGACAUUAUUAACGCGAAAAGCAAUGAUGGCUGGACUCCCCUCCAUGUGGCUGCUCACUACGGUAGGGACUCAUUUGUCCGACUCCUACUGGAGUUCAAGGCUGAGGUCGACCCACUGAGUGAUAAAGGUACGACGCCACUUCAGCUUGCCAUUAUCCGAGAGAGAUCAAGCUGUGUGAAAAUCCUCCUGGACCACAAUGCCAACAUCGACAUUCAGAAUGGUUUCCUAUUGCGAUACGCCGUGAUCAAAAGCAAUCACUCUUAUUGCCGAAUGUUCCUUCAGAGAGGAGCAGACACAAACUUGGGUCGCUUAGAAGAUGGACAGACUCCUUUACAUUUGUCUGCCCUUAGGGAUGAUGUGCUUUGCGCACGGAUGUUAUAUAAUUAUGGAGCGGACACGAACACAAGGAACUAUGAAGGGCAGACCCCAUUGGCUGUUUCAAUAAGUAUUUCUGGAAGUAGUCGACCGUGUUUGGAUUUCUUACAAGAAGUCACAAGACAGCCCAGAAACUUGCAGGACCUGUGCCGAAUUAAAAUUCGACAAUGUAUAGGCCUUCAAAACCUAAAGCUACUUGAUGAACUACCAAUUGCCAAGGUCAUGAAAGACUACUUAAAACACAAAUUUGAUGAUAUCUGAUAUACACAGAACUGUGAGCAAGAUUAGGAGUUAUAUUCCAGAUACUUAAAAGGCUUUUCGCCUUGCACAAAGUAUAUCCUAUGCAAUUUCUGAUUUGCUGUGAAGUCAGAAAGCAGGUAUACACUUUUAGGUUUUUUGUUUGUUUGUUUGUUUGGUUUUCAUUGUAGGGGAGGGAUUUUUUUAUAUAUAUAAACACACACACCACAUGCUUGAAGGUCUUAAUUUGGUUUCUUGGUCCAAGUUUAAGAGGUCCAAGCUUUCUAUACAAUAUUGCAUUUACAAAAAUUGUUUUUCCAAAAUGACACAAGCAGGUUUGGAGUGGAGAAUUUACCCUUUCCAAAUUUAUGGUUUCAUUGGCGUGCACGAUCUUAUAAACCAGCAGAGCACUUGUUAGAGUUUGGAGGCACAGCUUCACCCAGGGGAGUCCUGGGUUCUACUGGAAAAUGCCCUAAGAAAUUUUUAAGGUAGUGCUGUCGCCUCAUUCAUUCUUAAUGAGUACAAAUUGGCUGUUUCAAACUGUUCUUCUCCUGAUUAACGUAGCUUUCAGAUGACAUAAAUCCAGUACCUCUGCUUUCCUGUUGGUGUGCUCUUGUUUUUAACUUAUUUUUUUAACAACUGUAGUACACUACCCAGAGACAUUGGGUCUCAACUUCUGUCUCUAGUUGAAUUGUGCUUUUAAAAAAAUUAAUGGGAAAGAAAAUAACUUUAUAAAGCCAGUGUAUUCUGUUUUUAAAACAGUGCCUCCAGUGCAAUACUCUUUCUGGUGUAUUUUAUCCAUUAUUUCACUUGACGUUCCUCAUUCUGUAGCCGGCUUUGACGUGCCCGUGAGAACAGGAACCGCCACUUCAAUUUUAAUUGCACAACUUUAGUAUGUCAGUCACAAUUUCCAUUUUAAGCUUGUCUUUUACUUCACUUUAAGCAGAAAAUUUCAUAUCCUGGUGAUAGGGUAUUCCCUAAAAAUAGCCCAAAAUAUUGUUAAACCAUUUGGCUUUAAUGCUUAAAUAAUUUGAGGUGGUUUCAUGGUGUUUUUUUCUUCCCAAUUAAAAAAAAAUUUCUAAAGAGUAAAAUUUCUAGUGGGUGCACAUUUGUAAAUCUGGUUAAUUCCUAAUAUGCUAAUUAAACAUUUUCUAUCUAUUUUAAGGCUAUACACAGUGAAGCUCUUCGGGACAUUAUUUUAUUUUCUGGGUUGAUUGGGCAUAUGUUUGCAGUAUAAACAUGGAUAUGAUAAAGUGUCAACAAUGGAAAAGGUUCCAGAGGCAUCAGGGAUCUAUGAUGAUGCCCUUGGAGAUAUGUUCUGUGCUUGAUUUGUCAUCAUAUUAGUUUCAGAAGAACCUUUUCAGAUAUCCCAGUAUUGUUCUUAGUGCUUUGGGAAAUUUCAAAAUAUUUACACACUAGUAAUAAAUUUGUUAACCAGAAGUUUACAAGAUGAA